GCUGGGAGCGACGUUUGCAAAGCAAGAUGGCGGCCUCCUGAGCAGUCAACACUUCUCGCAGAUUUUUAUGUUUAUUUAGUGGAGCUUACAGAAAGAACAUAAAGAUGCCUGCAGUGCUUAACCUCAGCAAUGAGGUGGUCAAGAUGAGGGCGGAGGUUAAAAGAGUAAAGGUGUUCCUCAUCAGAAAACUCAGCCGUCAAAUCUCAGCCCUGCAGAAGAAGAAAGGGAAUGAGGCGAGCUUGGAGAAGAAUGGCAGGCGAGCGGCCAGACUUCGAGAGGAGAUCCGCGAACUUAAAGCUGUUGCGCCAGACAGUGUAACCAAGGCUGCCCUACAGAAAGACAUUAGCUUUGAGAAGGUGUGCCGUGACAAAGAGGCAAGCCUAACUGACCGUGCCACUGCCCGCAUCGCCACACAUCCCGAGUUCAGCAAGAAGAUUCAGAGCUUAAAAGCAGCCAUCAAAGCUUUCAAAGAGGAGAGAAUGAAUGCAAGAAAAGCAGAAAAACAAGCAAAAGGCAGUGCAGAAAGUGACACAUCACAGGACACCGAUGAAGAUGAUGAUGAGGAGGAUGAUAAUGGUUCAGAGAAAUCAAACAAUGGAGAUGAUGAAGAUGGACUAAAAGAGGAUGAGGGUGACAAAAAGACAGAUGAUUUGAUUGAUAACUCCUCACAGGAGGCAUUAAAUAAACAGACCAACCAGUGUCCAGAGGAAGAAAGAUUGGCUGAAGAGGGCUCAUCUGAAGCAGUGAGCAUCCCAAAAGAAGUGAUCAGCAUGAGGAAGGAGGUGAAGAGGACGAGGGUGGCGAUCAUCAGUAAACUGGCUGAAGAAGUUGCUUUUCUAAAGAAGAAGAAAGGUGAGGAAUCAGAGGUGAAGGAAAGCCAGGAGAGAGCAGCAGGACUCCUGAAAGAAAUCCAGGCUUUAAGGAGCCUUAAACCAGAUCAGGUGACUAUGAAAGCACUUCAGGAGAACAUUGAGCUUGAGAAGAUUUUGCUGGACAACCAGUCAAGCCCAACUGACAGAGCCAUCGCACAUAUUGCCACACAUUCUCGCUUCAUCAACAAGCUUCAGAAGAUCAAAGAAGAAAAGAUUAAGGUUGCUGAAGCUGAGAAGAAAAAGACUGACAAACUGGACAUGGUGCAGUCUAAGAACGAAGAGGAAGAUAAGGAACUGGAGGAGGAGGAGGAGGAUGAUGAUGAUGAUGAUGAUGAUGAUGAUGAUGACAGUGAUGAAAGUGAAGAGGAUUGUGAUAAAGUAGGCGAAAAGUCAAAUAGUGUUUUCAAUCACAUUGAUAAAUCAGGUGUUGUGGAUCCAGAUAAGAGUGCAGAACCUGAUACUUUUGAAAUGCCUCAAUCCAAAACUGAUGUUAUGGCUCCAAAUGACCAAAACUCCCCUUCAACUGCUUCAAAAGUUAAAAUAUCUGAAAAAUACUCAACGGCUCCGCAUGUCCAAAGGUCUCCUAAAAAGUCUUCAGCUACUUCAAAUGUUCAAAAAUCUCCUGAAAAGUCCUCAACUACUAGCAAUGUCCAAAGUUCUCCUAAAAAGUCCUCUACUGCUCUAAAUGUUCAAAUAUCUCCUAAAAAGUCCACAACUACUAGCAAUAUUCAAAGUUCUUUUAAGAAAUCAUUGACUGUAAGCAGUACAGAAUCUAAGAACUUUGGUAAAGCAGACAACGAAAAGAAGACCACUUUGAAACCUCAAAAGAAACAAGAUGUUCCUCUGACCGAGAGACCAGAGGCAGAAAAGGAUGAUGAAGAGAGCGAUUUAUCAGAUGAGGAGGAAGAGAAGGAGUAUUUUGAUGACAGCACAGAAGAACGUUUCCAUAAACAGUCAUCUCAGUCUGAAGACAGUGAUGAUGAUGACUUUUUCAUGGGCAAAGUGAGCAAAUUCAAGAAGCGGAAAAGUAACCAAUCUAAAGUUGUAGAGAAAAAGAGGGAGCCUCUAAAUCCUGACAAAGAGGCCACCAGCAAACCUCGACAUGACAACCUGGGCAAGUUAGAGUCUGUAUUCUGCUCAACGUUGUCCAAAUCCAACGUCUCUUCUCAGAAAGCAAAAGUAUGGGUCUCGGAAUGAUGGCCAGAGACCCCCUCGAUUCCAAAACCAGAGGAAAGGUCCUGAGGGUCGGAUGAAAGCUUCCAAUAUAAAGGCCAAGACCCUGGUUCUGACAAGAGGACUAGUUCUUCACAUCUGAAAGACAGUCUUUUAAAGCUGCUGGUACAAAGGCAAGCAGGACCUUCAGGGACAGGAAGGGGGUAAGCCAAGUUU